AGCCUGGUUGGAAUCACACUCUGGUCACCACAGCGAUGGCUUCACCGUGGAAACGCUGCUGCUGCUUCCUCGUCCUCCUUCAUCUGCAGUCGUCGGCCUGCCUCCACCAGCAACCUGCAGACAGUGCUUCUGAGUCUCCAGUCCUUGAUGAGGGAAGUGAUGAAAGGAUGAAGAUGGAGGAACAACAGCAGUCUUCAGAUGUAUCACGGAGGAAAUUACUUCAGAUGCAAGGAGCCGCUGUUCCCUUUCUUCCUCUCAAGGUCUUGUCUGAUGGGGAGACGUGCAUCUUGUUCCAGGCCAGGAAACUGUCUCUCCGCUAUGACAAGCAGAAGCAGCUGGACCUGACAGAACGAGCCUUUUCCCCUCAGAAAACCGUGGACACCAGUCAGUCUGUCUGCAGUGGGGAUAAAGCCACGUUGGUCAUGAGGUUUGGAGAUGUGGAAGAUCUCAGAGGUCUGACCAUCAGACUGCAGCUCUCCAACACUUUUUACGAGUCUUCAGGACAGUGGUGGUUCUCUGUUGACAGCGUCUCGUUGCUCUACAACACCUCUGAGGAGGCUGUGUUCAAUGCCAGCGAUGUUUAUGCUCCGGCCUCGGCCUCCUACCGCUGCCUCCAUGUCAGCAGCCUGCAGCGGUACAGCGCCCUGCUACUGCCCAGCAGCAACCACGCCCGCCGCUGGGCCAUCACCUUCACAGACUUCCAGAUCCAGGCCUUCAGUGUCUCAUCCGGUAAGUUUUCCCCGGCGAGUGACUGCAUCACCUUCCUGACACCGGCUAUCCUGAUGGGCCUCAUCACCUCCCUCAUCCUGCUGCUGGUCCUGGCCUAUGCCCUGCACAUGGUCAUCCAUCUGAAACACAUUGAGCAUGAGGACGAACACAAGGCUGACAUCUACUACCCACAAACUCCCGAACAACUCGAACACUGCUGUGCUGAAAACACCAUUGAGAAAAAUGUCAUGUAGCGUAACCAGUGAGAUGAUUAGAGACUUUAAAGAGACACAACUGAUCUGAUAAUGGCACCAAACCUCCAGAGUGAUGUACUUCCAGCUCAGGAUUUCGUUUUUUUAACAGAUAUUUCUAGUGUUUUGUAAUUUACCCAUUGUUGAAAUUCUGGUUUUAUCUUUAUAACAAAAUAAAUAAAAAUAAAAA